CCUGAGAAGAGAAUGUUGGAAUACUAUUUUUUUCCUGGCUAUAUAUUAUUGGUAACCCUUUUGUACUCAUUGCAGUGUGGUUAUUCUUCUCCUACUCAAGAUGAACUCUCUAUGGACCUCAAACUUACUGUGUCCGAGUUUUCUUUGUUUGGGUCUUUGUCAAAUGUAGGUGCCAUGGUCGGGGCAAUAGCUAGUGGACAGAUUUCUGAGUACAUGGGACGGAAAGGGUCUUUGAUGAUAGCAGCAAUUCCUAAUAUCAUUGGUUGGCUUCUCAUAUCAAUUGCAAAAGAUUCUUCAUUUUUAUAUAUGGGUAGGCUAUUGGAAGGCUUCGGCGUUGGAAUUAUAUCUUACACGGUUCCUGUAUAUAUAGCUGAGAUAGCACCUCAGAAUAUGCGAGGAGGACUUGGUUCGGUAAAUCAGCUCGGGGUCACAGUUGGAAUAAUGCUGGCCUACUUUCUGGGGCUGUUUGUUACUUGGAGAGUACUAGCAAUUUUAGGAACAUUGCCUUGUCUGGUGUUGAUUCCUGGCCUCUUUUUCAUCCCAGAAUCUCCUCGUUGGUUGGCAAAAAUGGGCAUGACUGAAGAUUUUGAAAUUUCUUUGCAAGUUCUUCGUGGAUUUGAAACCGAUAUUUCCGUUGAAGUUAAUGAAAUCAAGAGGUCUGUGGCAUCAUCAAGUAGAAGAACUGCCAUCCGUUUUGGGGACCUGAAACAAAGAAGAUAUUGGUUUCCUCUGAUGAUAGGAAUUGGGUUGCUUGUCCUUCAACAGCUAUCUGGAACUAAUGGCGUUCUUUUCUAUUCGACUACCAUUUUUGAAUCUGCUGGUAUUUCAUCAAGCAAUGCUGCUACUUUCGGUCUUGGGGCUGUUCAGGUGAUAGCCACUGCAAUUGCUACAUGGUUGGUGGAUAAAACAGGCCGACGCAUUUUACUCAUAAUCUCGUCCUCCGGGAUGACUAUCAGUCUCUUUAUUGUUGCUUUUUCUUUCUUCGGAAAGGAUUUCGUGUCUCAAAAUUCCACAUGCUAUAGCAUAUUGGGCAUCCUAUCAUUAGUUGGGGUCGUGGGAAUGAUCAUCGCUUUCUCUCUUGGAAUGGGGCCUAUUCCAUGGGUUAUAAUGUCCGAGAUUCUUCCCAUCAAAAUCAAAGGCCUUGCCGGAAGUGUUGCAACACUAGCAAACUGGUUCAUCGCCUGGAUUGUUACUAUGACUGCGCCUCUGUUGCUGUCUUGGAGUAGUGGAGGAACCUUUACUCUUUACAUGCUUAUGUGUGCUCUCACAUUGGCAUUUGCAGCCACUCUGGUCCCCGAAACCAAAGGCAAAACUUUAGAGGAAAUUCAGUUGUCUUUCCGAUGAUCUCAUUUCUGUAAUUUUCUUAUAGUGAACUGAUCCUGUGGUCAUGUCAGGUUUAUGUGUACAUAAUUUUUGAUAUCUUCACAUGACAAGAUCCAAAACACAAGUAUUUUUUUCCGAAUAAAUGAAAAUCAGCAU